UGUAAUUUACAACUGAGCCGCCUAACAAUUACAAAUAGGUACCCUAAAAUUAGAUUUAUUUACCUUAUUCGGUUACCUUUGUUGCUUUCAUCUUCCCGCCCCUCCCCCUCUGCUCCGGUUUAACAGAAACGCCGAUCAUGGUGUCGCCGCACGGAAUCAAACUGGCGGUGCAUCUCAUCUCCGCUUACUUCGGCGAUAUCGUUUCUAAAGUAUGCGAAUGUCUUCUACGUAAAGGAACACUAUCACUACAGCAAGUGCUACGAUUCACAGAACUCAAUAAAGAAAAUGCUACCAACGCUUUACUUGUGUUGAUUCAGCAUAAUUGCGUUCAAGCCUUCAGCAUUGAACAACAAGGUGGAUUUAUGGAACAACCAAAGAUGGUGACUCAUUAUAUGGCCUUACAUGACAACAUCAUCCACCUUAUGAGGUUCAGUAAGUUUUUGGCAAUCAUAUCAGAUGAAUUUGGACAAGAGUGCAUGGAGAUUUUUGAAGGAUUACUUCAACAUGGUAGGUUAUCAAUGAAUCAGAUCGUGGACAGGUAUAAAGAUAAGCAUAAGUCACAUACAAGUGAAGAAAAUAGCACUGCUGCUAAUGUGGCACAUGAAAACUUCAAUAAACUUGCUCAGGCACACUAUAUUGAAAGAUGCCCUGCUCGUGAACCAUAUCUUGAAUCAGAAAAAGAAGAUGAUACUGCUGGAAAGAAAAAAAUUGCCAAGUCUAAGAUGAAUGAUCCAUCACAAACCCUUGAAGCACGUGCAUUAGCUGCUGCAACUCCUAUGGAAUCAAUAAGAUUUUUAGUUGAAGCAGAUACAUUUACCAAUGUUGCGCCUGAUGAAAAUACCAAAAAAACAUCUACUACAGAAAUAGUCGGAGAAAAGCGCAAGAAAAAUUUCUUGGAACCUGAAAAUAAAGAAAUCCUUUGGCGCGUCAAUUUUGAGGAAUUUGUACGACACUUUCGCCACAAGUGUUGUAUUACCCAUGUGACAAGAUGUAUGGAUAAUGUAGCCGGCAUUGUUCUAAGUGCAAUUUUUGAGGCAACUAGAAGAGAUGAAACUAAAGUGAAAAUGGAAAAAACAGUUCCUCUUCCCAUGGAUAGAAUAUAUGAGGAAGCAAUAAAAAGGGAAGAAGGUCGAAGUUUGAGUUUAGAGCGUGUUAGGGAUUCACUUCUCCAAUUGGGAUGUGAAGUCGCCAUAAUUGGGAUAGAUGAAACAUAUAGUAUUGAUUUGAAGAAGAUCAUUGAUGAGGCUCAAGCUCAGGAGGUUGAAUCUGUUGUGCUGAAAAAAUAUGGCAGGGAGGCUUAUAGGAUAUUUAGAUUAUUAUUACAAUCCAAAAGGCUAUGUGAAACUGAUCAGGGCAAAUUGCAGAGAAUAGCAACCGACUUUCCUCUAUGGGCAAUGUACUUUAUUCAGUUAUUUAUAUGGAUGGCUACAUUUGUUGAUAAGAAAGAUGCGUUGAAGAUUCUAUUUCAGCUAUGGAACGACGAUAUGUUGCAUAUGGAGAGAGUUGCAAAUGAAGGACAGAAGUUGGAAAGUUUGUGUUGGAAGUUGAUUAAGGUUUCUGUUUGGGAACAAGUUUUAGAUGACAUGUAUCAUGCUGCACUCAACUUAAAGCUUCGCCUUGUUCAUGAGCUUGAACAAGCAAAACAAAUCCUUCGUAAAGGAAAGAGUGUAGGAGACAAAGUGUUGGAAAAACGCAAGAAGGUUGGAGAAAAAUGGGAGGUUCUAGAUUCUUCUCUCAUGAUUCUUGAUGAUGCGAUUAUGCAAUUUCAUGACUUUUAAAGUAGGCUACUCUAGUAUUAUUGUUCUUAAUUUUUUUUAAACCAUCUUGAAUAAGAAACUUGGAUACAAGUGCUUUCUGGUAUUUCGUUGAAGAAUUUUAUUAUCGAUAUAAUAACUAUGAACUAUAAGUCCC